CCCAAGUAACUAAUUGAACACACGGAGAAAUCUGUUGUUUCGUGGCAAACAAAGCUGUAAAGUGGUAAAAGACGUCCCCAGGGAAGUGAAUAUAUGCACAACUGCAGUCCACGGCAAACAUGGCCGUACAUAAAUACAAUAAAGGCGCAGAUAGGGGUACCAGAAAUUUGGUCAAAUAUUUCGUUUUGGAGGGGUGACCUUUAUUAAUGAGGUCAUCUCUGUGGUUGUCAUGGAAAUGUGAAGGGGUUCAAGGGGACAUUAGCUUACUUGUGGUCACUCCGGCCUGUGCGUCACUUCGGGCUUGUCGCUGAGACGAUGUCUGAGAGAGAAAGGGGAACGACGGAGGUUGUUUUCACUCAGCUACAACAAGGAAAUAUUUUUGUCGACACAGGUUCCUCCGGGCCUGAUGAUGUUUUCGAGGAGGACUCGUAUUCCCCCUCCUCCCUCUCCUCGUCCUCCUCCGUCCCCGCUGUGGCCUCCCUGCAGGGUAAACCCCUGUGCGCGUCCUGCGGCCUGGAGAUAGUGGACAGAUACCUGCUCAAGGUGAACAACUUGUGCUGGCAUGUGCGCUGCCUCUCAUGCAGUGUGUGUAAUACAUCAUUGGGGCGGCACGUGAGCUGCUAUAUCAAAGAUAAACAGGUUUUCUGCAAACUCGACUACUUCAGGAGGUAUGGGACCCGCUGUGCUCGCUGUGGCCGUAACAUCCAUUCUAGUGACUGGGUGCGUCGGGCACGAGGCAGCACCUUCCACCUGGCUUGUUUCUCCUGCACAUCUUGUAAGCGGCAGCUGUCCACUGGGGAGGAGUGUGGACUACUAGAGAACAGAGUCUUCUGCCGACCACACUAUGACAUUAUGAUGGAAAAUAUCAAGCAUGCUAAGGAAAAUGAGCAACCAAAAACAGAAGAAGAUGAGGCAGACAAAGAUGGCUCCAGCACCAUGCCCAGACCUGCUAAAAGGGCCAGGACCAGCUUUACUGUUGACCAGUUACAGGUAAUGCAAACUCAGUUUGCUAAAGAUAACAACCCUGAUGCCCAGACUCUCCAGAAACUGGCAGAGAGGACCGGUCUCAGCCGCAGGGUUAUCCAGGUUUGGUUUCAGAACUGCCGAGCUCGUCAAAAGAAACACAUCAGCCCACAUCCUGUGUCCUCAACAAUGAUGACAUCACUUGCUCCUGGUCAGCUGACACCACCUUUGAUGGAGGAUCUGCAAUACACAACCUACAUUUCACCAGAUGCACCCCUUCUCACUACAUUAACUUAUAUGGAUGUCCAAACUCCAGACCCACUUUUGCUUCAGCCCCUCAUGUCUCAUCCACUGGCACAACAGCCAGCCAGCCAUGCCUGACUUACAGCCUGCUCUGGAGAGCUGAAACUGAUUGGCCGAGGAGAAGAGCAAUCAUUACUGUUAAAUAAACAAUCCUGUGAGGGUUGGAUGAGUUUAAUUCAUAAACUGUCCAGCAAAUAACAGCACUGAAUUAGUUUAAUUAACUGUACCUAUUGUGUGAACACACACUUCAAAGAAUCAACCUGUUCAGUCACUGAAUUAAUAUCAUUUAAUCACACAUGGAUUCAUCGAUGAGAAGCUGAAAAUGUCAAGUAAAGUAGUGAUGUUUGUAAGAUGAACCUUUUUGUUAAUAUGUAUGUGUUAUGAAUUUCUUUGUGUUUUAAUUUAUUUGGAGAAUAUGAUGAGAUAAGGCACUUUGUUGGAAAAUUAUGUAAACAGCUUUGGUUUCACUAAGAUGUGUUUUUUUUUGUUUUGUUUUUUUGUUUUUUUUCAGGAUGUAUCGGAGAAAUGUUUUGGAAUUUACAAGAGAGAAAAUGAGAUGAUUUGUGUUUGUGUAUAAAGACUACUAGAUGAUUUUUUUUUUAUAUAUUUAGAUUGGGUAGAUUUUAGAUUGGGUUAUUCUACAAAUUUAAACUACUGGAAAUGGUACAUGAAUAGAGAAAUUCUCCUGUUCCUUUCUGUCUUACAGUGCAAGUAUAGCAGACAGCAAGUAUGGACUGUCCUCCUGCAUUCUCCUCUUGCAAUGCCCAAGCCUCAUUCUCAACACAUCUGUGUGUCUAAUUUAGGAAAAACAGCAUUUCGUAUGAUGCUUUUCAGUAGACCAUGUGUAAAGCACAGACAAACGGCAAUAUGAUGUAUGAUUUGUCAAUGUUGGAUGCCACUAGAAGCCAUGUUUGAGCUACACCCCUUGAAUUGACUUUUCACAUUACAUGUUGAUAGGUGGGAAUUAAAGUUCAUGGCUGCAACAAAACGCC